AUGCCAUUACCUCAGCCACAGCAGACAGUUGAUGUUAUUCGAGGGUGGCUGUCGAGUCUUUCGCCGUACGACCUUGCGGGCGUGGAGCGAGCAGGAAUAGCUACGAAGAGUCUGCUGGUGGGUGCCCGGGUGGUGAGUGAAUGGAGCGAGAAUUUCCGCCAUCUCAGACCCGGCGGUGCAAGCAGAACAUUUGGCAUCGAAGAGGCCGCACAUGCGUCGAGCCUGGAGGUCAGAUGGCAGAUCGAAAACUGGGGAGAAGUCGAGGAUACGCAUGAUGUGGAGAGGGAGGACCUGCGCCGACAGCUGGGGAGCGUGAUCCUGCUGGUGAGCGGCUGUUCUUCUUAAUAGAUUGCUUGGUUGGUUUUUCUCGUUUUGUCUACAUUUGUAUCUGCAUCUAUAUCCUGUACGAGUAGAAAGCCCAUAUCUAUCAUAUAUACCCGGAACCUGAU